AGCCGCGUCACGCUCCUUUAUCUAUCAGCCAAUCACAAAGGUUAAAACACAUACAUUAAACAAGCCCUGAACUCGUACACAGGUAGCGCGAGCACUGCGUUUGGAAGGUGAGUGAAAGAAAGGUAAUGACGCACGUGCGCAAGGAGCUAUAAACGGUCAUUCUUUCACCAGACCCCUUUUAUUCUCGUCUUCUGAAGCGAAUACAAGUUUUUGUUCGGUGAAGCUCGGUUGAAACAUGGGCAUGGAGAUGAACAGCUCGGCUGACGCCUUGUCCUCGGCGUACCUGGCUGUGGAGUUUGUGGACUCCUUGCUGCCUCAGAACCCACUCCAGGAGCCUGUGAUGGAGGCCUGGAACCACAUGCUGCAGAACUACAGCAAGUUCCAGAUUGCGACAUGGGGUUCGCUCGUCGUGCAUGAGCUGGUCUACUUCCUGUUCUGUCUGCCGGGCUUCCUGUUUCAGUUCAUACCGUUCAUGCAGAGAUACAAGAUUCAACAGGAUAAACCAGAGACGUGGGGGAAACAGUGGAAGUGCUUGAAGAUGCUGCUGUUUAAUCACUUCUGCAUCCAGCUGCCCCUAAUCUGUGGCACAUACUACUUCACCGAGUACUUUAACAUCCCUUACGACUGGGAGUCAAUGCCGCGCUGGCCGUAUCUGUUAGCUCAGUGUUUCGGCUGUGCCGUGAUCGAGGACACGUGGCACUACUUCCUGCACAGGGCUCUUCAUCACCGCAGGAUCUACAAAUACAUCCACAAAGUUCACCAUGAUUUUACAGCUCCAUUUGGAAUGCAGGCAGAAUACGCACACCCAUUAGAGACAAUAAUCCUGGGCGCUGGCUUCUUCAUUGGCAUCAUGGUCUUCUGUAAUCACAUGGCACUCUUAUGGGCUUGGGUCACCUUCCGACUGCUGGAGACCAUCGAUGUGCACAGUGGAUAUUAUAUCCCUCUGAACCCGCUGCACUUGAUCCCGUUCUACGCCGGUGCACGCUUCCAUGACUUCCACCACAUGAACUUCGUGGGCAAUUACGGCUCCACCUUCACCUGGUGGGACAGACUGUUCAACACCGACGACCAGUACAACAGCUACAUGCAGAAACAGAUGCUGAAGAAAAGCCAGUAACAACCACAAAACACACAUGUCUCAUGUUAAUAGUGUUAUACACUGGACUGGACAGAUGGCAACACCAGCGACUUGCACAGGUUUCACCACAGUGUGCCUUUAAGUUCUACACGAGAGCCGACACCAUGAACUGUUCAUGCUGUUGCUUUUAAAGACAAAAUCGAUCAGUAUUUCUAUUAGAUUUUGAUGACAGGCAUUUUAAUAUGUUUAUUUAAAAAAACAACAUGCGUGCAUUAUAUCCAUGUUGAAAAAAUAGCUUGUUGUGAUAAUCGGUAACAGAGACGUCACAUAACGACGUCAUCACUCAAAGCACUUUGGAUGAAAUGUUUUUUUGUUUUUUUCAUAUUUUUUUAAUAUGAAUUUUUUUCUGAGCUUCUGGUGAUACCAAGGAAUAAUGUUGUUUAAAAAUAAAAAGCAUAAACAUUUAUUAUAUUGUAUUAGAUUAUAUAUGAUUUAUAUAGGCAUAUGUGGCAGAAAGAAAGAAGGAAGGAAAGACCAAAUAAACUGGAAAAAACACUUGCUUUGGUGUCAUUUUGUCUAAAUGUGUUUAAGCAGCUUGCAGAUCAGCCAACUGUACACACUGCACAAAUGAAAGAAGAGGAUGUCAAUAAAUAUGGUCUUAAUAAACAGCGCAUGUCAUUUUCUUUA